AAAACCCCAAAGGUCUUUCCCAAAAAUCCCAAAAGAAAAGAAAAAAAAAAGGAUGAGCUCUGAUUCGAACGCUGUUCCAAAGAAAAUCAAGCGCAUCAGAAACCCAGAAUCCAAUUCCGAUUCGAAUUCCAGCAAGCACCCAGUUUACAGAGGCGUCCGAAUGAGGAAUUGGGGGAAAUGGGUGUCUGAAAUCCGCGAGCCUCGAAAGAAAUCCCGCAUUUGGUUAGGAACUUUCCCCAGCCCUGAAAUGGCGGCUCGAGCCCACGACGUCGCCGCCUUAAGCAUCAAAGGCAACUCCGCCAUCCUUAAUUUCCCCGACCUCGUCCACCUCCUCCCCCGCCCUGUCUCUCUCGCCCCUCGCGAUGUCCAAGCCGCUGCCGCCCAAGCCGCUCACAUGCACAAUCUAUCUCCUAACAACAUUCCCACCACCACCACCACCGACGACGCUUCCGACGCCUCCGAUGAACUCACCGAAAUCGUCCAGCUUCCCACUCUCGGCACCACCUACGACGGCGACUGCGGCGACUCCUUCGUUUUCCUUGACUACUCAACAGAGGAUUCCGCCGCCUGGCUUUACCCACCGCCGUGGCUACCAUCUCUCGAGGAUUACGAUGAAAUUCAAAACGACGGUAAGAUGGGAAUGGGAUUCAUUUCCACCAAUUUCAAAGGAUUAUUGUGGGAUUAUUAAAAUAAAUAAAUAAAUAAAUUAUGGAUUGUGGGUUGUUUCAAUUUCUUCAAGUUUUUUUUUUUUUUUUUUUUCAAGCUCUUUUGGUUUUAAUUCUUUCAAAGAGCUUAAUUUUGUGUUGGGUUUAGAACUGUACAGUGUUGUUGAAAUGAAAUGAAAUGAAAUGGAAAUUAAGU